AUGGCUGUGCCAGGAUAUUAUGAGUUGUAUCGUAGGAGUACGAUUGGUAACAGUUUAGUUGAUGCGUUAGAUACACUUAUCAGUGAUGGUAGAAUAGAGGCUUCUCUCGCUAUGCGCGUAUUGGAAACGUUCGAUAAAGUGGUGUCGGAAACUUUAAAGGAUAAUGCACAAUCUAAGCUGACGGUAAAAGGUAACUUGGAUACGUAUGGGUUUUGUGAUGAUGUGUGGACUUUCAUUGUUAAGAAAUGCCAAGUCACCGUUGAAGGUCCAGCUAGUGCUUUGAACCCAACAGAUGAACCACAGACGACAUUGUCAGUGGAUAAAUUAAGAAUCGUCGCAUGUAAUUCAAAGAAGAGUGAUUGA